AUGAUCUGUUGUUUUCAGCUGAUAGGAAAGGUAAUAUAUUUGUUUUUCUUUGUAAAUGUUGUUUUUUUAAAUUUUUUAUUAAUGAAAGUGUUAACAAAUUUAUGAAAAAGGAUGAUUAUCGCUUAGCUGGUUGCGCUGUUAUUAAAAAAUAUUUAUUAACUAAUAACACUUUCAGUUAAUGGAAGUAGAUCAGGAUAUUGUGCCUUGUAGUAACAUGACAAAGAAAGAUCAUAUAGAGUCUGUAGCUAAUAGCUAUACUACUAUGGCUCACAAGAAGAUAGUGCACUUUGAUGAGUAUUGGGGCAGGUUGCAACUUGUGGUAUCAAAUGUCAUGGAAACUAGGCCAUUGGAUCAAACGGCUUGGAACAAUUCGUUUUUGUAAGUUUUUUUUGAAUAUUAUUAAAAGUUUAGGUAUACCACAUACAGAAUUUGUCUUUUUUAUUAUUUUAUGAUUGUCUAUGAUUGGUGAUCAUUUUAAUAGGUUAAAGUAAAAAACUUAAAAUUCUAGUGAUAUAUACGAGUUAUGUGUUGGACAGUACAGCAUUGACUUAUAUGGAAAACUGAUUGAUUUCUUUAAAAACAGAGUCCAAGCGAUAUCACAGGUGAGCUUGACAUUGAUUGUAUUAAGUUUUGUUUUAAAACAUUACUAAGAUUACUUUACUAUACUGCUUGUAAAAAGUUAAUGUACUGGUAGUCAAAAACCAAGGUUUCUUUAUGAUGAUUUUACGUAUUUUCAGGACCUGUCUGGACUGAAAGGUCUUGACCUUCUCCACGCUUAUUCAACUUACUGGUACAGAUAUGAUUUGGGUGCGGGCUACGUGAAUCAGCUUUGUAGAUAUUUGAAUAGAACGAUGUUAAAGGACACGAACGUGCGAACAUUUAAAAGGAAGUUCGCCGAGUUGGAGGAGGAUAUGGAAGGAAACAACUUUCAGAUUCAAAAUGUCAGUUUUCUUUUGAGGAUCUUUUGUUGGUUUAAUGAGCAAAUUGGUUUAGUUAUGACCAAUAUUUUUUAAAUUUCUGUAUUCUGACUACUUUUAGACGGCAAGACGUUUAUGGAGGAAAGAGUUGAUUCUGCCGCUGAAAGAUAGGUUGUACGAGGUUAUUUGGUCAGUCUUCAUUCAGACGAGGGAUGUGUCAUAUGUUACUUAUCCUACUUUGGAUGUUAUUAAGGUUUUGGAUUCGUACAUCAGCGUAAGAUUUCAUUUUUGUUUUUGUAAUUACUGUAAAAUUUGUCAAUAAAUUUGUUACACAGUUAUUAUCGAAUUUUAAAUAUUUUUUUCAUUUUAGGUAUGCUUUGCCUCAGAUCAUGAACGUAGAACAAUGCUGGCUUCAUUUGACCCAAACUUGUGUGUUAGACCCAACUACCCCUCUCCACCUCAACUCAACUUCUACGUCGAGAUCUUUGAGGACAGGUUCUUGCAAGAUAACAGAGCCUACUUUCGUGAGAUGUUGGCCACGAAGUUGGUGCAUUACAACAUGUACGAUUACAUGACAAAGAUCAUAAAGAUUCUGGAGAACGAAGACAUAUUGGCGUCUAAUAUGUUGUUCAUUCAGACUGUGAAGAAGCUGCUGGUACUUCUGAGGAAGAUCUUUAUUUUAGAACAAUUACCACGGUUUGAUGAGGUUGUUCCUGAGUAUGUGAAGCUGGAGAAAAAGGCUGGUAAGUAUAGACGGACGAUAUUAUCUAUACAAAGACAAUUACACUCAAAAAACUAAAAACAUAUACAUGUUAUAUGUAUUUAGAUGAUUUAUAUAAUGUGAAUUACGAUAUUUAUUUCCAACUUUCAGAACUCCGACUGACCUACAUUCUCCUGGACUACUUCCCAGAUGCUGCUCAGAUUCUGGUUAACGAAUACGAGAAGCAGGUGGCUGCAAGUUUAGAGAAUCAUCUUGGAGGACUCUUCUUGAAUCCAUCCGUGUUUACUGAAGCUGCUUGUGCUAAACAUGCUUUCUACACAAAGUUUAACAAAGAAGUCUUCAGCGAUGCCGUGUAUAUUCAACAUGCCCUCAGAAGAGUAAGUUUUUGGUUUUAUAAGCUUCAAACGCUAUCUUUUAUGUGAGUAAAAUAUUAAAAAUGAUUUUAUGUUUAACAUGCUGCUUUAAUAUAAUUGGUUCAGGCAAUUGAAAGUGUUGUGAAUAAAGAAAGAGAAGGAGAAAAGUUUUAUGCGGCCAAAAUGUUGUCGCGACACAUGGACUUGUUGCUGAAAAGAAGUUCCAAACACAAAGCAAUUGACAUCGAUACGAAGCUGGAUGAAGCUGUAACAAUAUUCAGGUACAUCAGGGACAAGGACACGUUUCACAAGGUAAUUUUGACGUCUUAAGCUACUUUCAUUCAUUCUACUAUCCUUUUUUUGGUAACUAGAAGUGUUUUGUUUAUUGAUCUUGCAAUCAGUUAAAUGGUGAUAUCAAUGUAGGUAGUUUUGUACAUGAUGUUAACAAGUUGUUUAUGAAACUUAUAGUAGCUUUAUGUUAGUUUCCUUGAAUUCCAAGCUACCUGUAUGACGUAAAAUUCUUUUCCACGAAAUUCUUGGGUAAUUAAAGUGUUAAUCCGACGGUAAAACAGUCUUCUGGUAUUCGAAUUGUUUGCGUGUAUUCGUGGUUGGCAGGCCAACCAACUAAUUGCCGUCAAACCAGUUAGAGUAUCGUGUAGUACAACUGACAAACGUAGUUUAUAGGGCAUCUGUUUUCGUGUAGCAUGUAAUGUGUAGAGUAAUAUGUGGCUGGUUAUUGUGAAUAACACUGUGUUAUUAUCAGAAUAAUAACGGAGAUGGAUUUGUUAAGGACGUUUACCGGUUUACUUUGUUAUAAAAACGAAUCAAAUCUGUUAUAAUGUUGUUGUAGGUUAUAGCGUAAGCGAUGAAACGGAAAAGGAUAGAACAAAGUCCUCCGCCAAAGUUUAGCUACAAUAUUGCGAAACUUGAGCCAAUGUUAGAAACGAAUUCUCUUCAAUUCAUAACCGACUGGUCGAAAUCACUGUUGGAGUUAAGAUUACUAACAACCGUCAUUCCGUCUUUAACGGGGUUUACACAAGUUGUUGAUAAAGCGUUGUCACAACCAGUCGAUCCGGUCAAAUUAUGGUCGAUGGAUUCAGAAUUGAUCGGGUUUCUCAAGAAACAACAUGUUUGGUUGAUUUUUGAGGUCGGAUUGGUACUCAUUUUGGUGUUAGUAUUGCUGUUGAUGUUUCAUAUCUGAAUGACUUGUUACCUUCUAGCUAGAGUCAAAUAAUAUUCGAUUGUUUAACAAUAAAACCAUUUAAUUUCAGAUUUUCCAACGAAUGUUUGCCAUCAGACUUCUGAAUAAGCUCUCCGUGUCAAUGGAAUUGGAGCAGAUGAUGAUCGAGAAGCUGAGAGACACUUGUGGCCAUGAAUAUGCUGGCAAACUGAGUAGGAUGUAUCAAGAUUGUCAGAAGAGUAGACAGUUGAACUUGACAUAUCACGAGGAUACCGAGUUCCACUGUGAUCCUUACAACCGUGAAAAUGAGUUUACAGUAAUACAAACGUGUGCUUGGCCAGUGAUUUGCUCAAACGAGGACCCUGCCCUCAAGAACAUUAACAUACCACAAUCACUGAAGGCAUACGCAGAAUCCAUCGAGAAGUUCUACGAAAAGCAGCAUGCUGGUAGGAUUCUGAAGUUCGCAUAUCAUGUGAGUACAGCUGACGUUGUGAUACGACUAGGUUCGAAACGUUGUACGGUAACUAUGACGGUACCACAAGCGAUGAUACUACUGGAAUUCGAAACAAGAGAUGUUAUGACGAUCAAGGAGUUGAUUGAAGUAACUCAGAUCAGCUUCGAGUAUGUUUGUUCGUCUCUGAAGGCCCUCAUCGACUUCAAGGUGCUCAAGGUCAAGGAAAAGGUUAGUUUUCAUAUUAUUUUUAAAUGUUUUCUAAUAUCAUAAUAUAAUUAUUACUCUAAAAUACCGAACAUUAGUAUUGACCAAGUGAAAGUCUUAUUUUAGUAAUUAUGAUAAGCUGUUUCAGCAAGGUUGUUACACUGAAGAAACGCCGGUACACUUGAACUCCGGGUUUGAAGCACUGAGAGCACGUGUGCAUCUACAACCUCCAACGAUUGUUUCGAAAGCAAAUGAGAACAAUCCAAUGCCAUCCAACCGAGAAACCCAACAAGACAGAAAAGUGGCAGUAGAAUGUGCCAUAGUCAGAGCUAUGAAGACGAGAAAAGCCAUGAAACAUCAAGAUCUGGUUGAUUGGGUAAAUUUUUGAUUUAUUAUCAGACGAGCCUACUUAUAAUAACACUUAAUAAUGUUCAUGUUGUAGCAAAAUGAAUAUUUAAACGGCACUGUUAAACCCUCUAUUUAAAGCCUGAUUUAGGUAGUAACCUCAAUAGCUGACCGUUUUGUGCCCGACCGCCCCUUCCUCAAGCAAUGCAUCGAAGGCCUGAUAGAAAAACAUUACCUACAAAGAACAGACAAUGUAGACGAGUACGAGUAUCUCCCGUAA